GCGAUUACGAAUACCACCGGGAUCUACUCCUUCGCCAUUCUCCUCCUCUUCGGCUGUCGCAAGGGACGAGUGUUUGGCUCGGGGUCUCUCUCCUCCUCCGAGAUCGAAUGGGGACGCUAGAGAGCUGGCGGAAGGCCUACGGCGCGCUCAAGGAUACAACCACCGUCAGCCUCGCCAAGGUCAACAGCGAGUUCAAGGAUCUUGACAUUGCCGUCGUCAAGGCCACGAAUCACGUGGAGUGCCCCCCCAAGGAACGCCACAUUAGAAAGAUUUUUGUUGCUACGUCGGCAAAUUGCCCACGGUCUGAUGUCGCUUACUGCGUGCACGCACUGGCUAGGAGAUUGUCCAAGACUCGUAACUGGGUGGUUGCACUGAAGUCAUUGAUAGUUAUCCACAGGGCAUUGAGAGAGGGAGAUGCUCCAUUCAGAGACGAGCUAUUGCACUAUUGCCAUAAAGCAAAUAUUCUACAGAUAUCAUAUUUCAAGGACGAUUCUAGUUCUGUUGCUUGGGACUGCUCUGCAUGGGUUCGAACCUAUUCACUAUUCCUGGAGGAGAGACUUGAAUGCUUUAGGAUCCUAAGAUAUGACAUUGAAGCAGAGGACUUGAGAAGAUCUUCAGAUGAUUCCUCAAAGAAUUGCAGUAGAACAAGAACUUUAGGUUGUCAGCAGCUUCUAGAGCAGUUGCCAGCUUUACAACAGUUGCUUUUCCGGCUUGUUGAAUGCAAGCCUGAAGGAGCAGCAUUUGGCAACUAUCUUAUACAGUAUGCCUUGGCUCUGGUUUUAAAAGAAAGCUUUAAAACCUAUUGUGCAAUCAACGAUGGGAUAAUCAAUCUUGUGGAUUUGUUCUUUGAGAUGUCAAGACAUGAGGCUAUUAAAGCGCUCAGCAUCUAUAAAAGAGCAGGCCAGCUGGCAAAAAAUCUUUCUGAAUUUUAUGAGUUCUGCAAAGCUCUGGAGCUUGCCAGGAACUUUCAGUUUCCAAUUUUGAGAGAGCCACCUCCUUCAUUUAUAGCAACCAUGGAAGAAUACAUUAGAGAAGCACCCAAAAUUGGUUCAGUCUCAAACCUGACACUGCAGGAAUAUCAGGAAAGAAACUCAUUGGCAUAUAAACAAGAUGAAACUUCUUCCCCAGAGUCUUCAGAGAAACCUGUUGUCGAAGAUACCGAACCUUCACCAGUUGAAUUUGUUGAGGAAAAAGAACCUGUUGCUGAGAUCCCAGCUGAGCCAGCAAUGAUGGGUGAUUUACUGGGUUUGGAUGAAAUAAUUCCAGUUGCUGCUGAGCUUGACGAGAUUAAUGCAUUGGCUCUGGCUAUUCCACCUGGGGGUGAUUCUAUAUCAACAGCCACUGGUGAUUUAUUCAGUCCGGGAGACUCUUCAGGCUGGGAGCUGGCACUGGUGACAACAUCAAGCAACAAUAACAACCAACCCACUGAAAGCAAGCUGGCUGGUGGAUUCGACCAGCUCCUGCUUGAUAGCUUGUAUGAUGAUGCUGCUAGGAGACUGCAGAAUACAGCAGUAUGUCAUGGUGGAGUAGCUGCCAAUCCUUACGAAUCCAUGGACCCUUUUGCUAUGUCGAACUACAUUGCACCUCCACCCAAUGUCCAAAUGGCUUUAAUGACACAGCAACAGCAGCAGCAGCAGCAGCAACAGAACAUGAUCGUCCCACAAACCUAUCAGCCUCAUUUUUCUCAUCCCCAGGUUGCAUCCUCCAAUCCAUUUGGUGAUCCAUUUGCUGCCCCUCUUCAAGGGAGUUCAAGUUUAAUCUGAACAACAAAUUCUUGUCCUCAUAUUCAAAUUCUUAUUAUUUUCUUGCUUGUACAUUAACAUUUUGUUCAUGAUGAUAUAUAGAAGAAUUGGGAGA